AUGGAAUCCUCGACUCUUGGGUCGCCAAUUCUGGCUCGGACACCUACUGAUUGGCCGAUGACCUUCUAUAUCAGAAUUGAUCGCAGGGGGUCUUUCCAUACAUAUCCUCAUGUGGGUGGGCCAUUUAGGAAAUUGCAAGAAGUUCACGAUGCUAUUGAACGCUAUCUUGAGGACCGCCGGCAUCCAACAAUGUUCAAGGAGCAAGAUGGGGUUUCUCUAAUGGACAUUGCUAUACGAGAGGCUAUGUACUGGCCUGAUGGCAGUAGGAGGAACGGCCCAAAAUCACAAAUGAUCGAAGAAAGCCAUAGUGAAAUGCGUUUAUUAGUUCAAGCUUUAGUGGACAAGUAUAAUGAUGAUCACAACCGUUUUGGGGAUCUAGCACAUGAACUGAAAGAUGUUAUGAAGUACCAAUAUAUCUCCGAGGGCCAGGGGUACUAUCAUUUCAAUUUCACUACGAAGACUAAAAGAGCUGAUGCUUUUGGAUGUGGCACCAACAAUCUAUUCUUUGUCGAAGUCGAAGUCAAAUUUGUGAAUGAAGAAGAUGAAAAAUUGGUUGUCAGCUGUUUCUGUAUGGUUAAACCUAAUGAUAAUGGCCACUGCUAUGGUUGUGUAAAUAAUGGAAGUAUUCGUAUGAAGCACCCCAACAAUGCUGCUGCAUACACUGCUGGUCACUUGGAAUUGCCAUCUGGAUGUUGUAGUGGAGACUGGAUCGACUACGAUGAGGAUGAGAAAGCUGAGGAGGAUAACAUACGAUAUAUGUUCAAGGGCAUGGAUGAUCCAGAGUUCCUGAAGGAAUUCUUAACACUCCCGCCUGGUGCAACACCUAUUGUGUAA